CCACUUUCCACUCCCAACCCCACCAGACCUUCAACCGCUACAUUUCCGUCACUACCGGAGCCGCCACUCCCACGAACGCGCGGCGGAGCGGAAGCGAACCAGGUUCGUGCCUCUCUAUCUCCCACUCUUCAUUCCUUCGUACCGCCUCGCCGUUCUCGGAGAUCGGGGUUCGGCCACUGCGAAUUCCCGGUUGUUGUCGGGUUGGGGUUUGGGCGCCGUGUUUGGCGGGUGAGAUUAGAUUCCUGCUCCUGGCCGCUUCACUUCUUCCUUAGAAGAUCGCUCGGGGUUGGGUUCUUCUGGAUGUGAGGUGAUGAGGUGAGGCUUCAAUCCGUUCCUCCUCUAGCUCCGGUGGUUGGUCGUGCUGGCUCUCAGAAGAUGGGAGCUUCCCAAAGGAAAGCAGCCAUGGUGGCUAGGGUUUGCGUCGCCGGCGCAUUCUGAGAUGCGCUGCUGCUUGCGCGCGCGCGCACGCUCCAUCGCCCUGCAUCCGCCGUCCUCACGCGCCCAAGCUGCUCGUCGCCCCUCUCCAUCGCUGGGACCUGUCGGCAGCGGAUCAGUGACGCGGUCUGCACCUUACAUUUCCGCUGAAGAGCACAGGUAAAAAGAAAAGGAUGAGGCUUGGGAGUAUAAACGGCUUGCGGUUCACGCAGCUUAAACUUGUCAUCCUUGCGUUCUUCAUGUUGUUUGUUCUCUGGAAAUGGGAGAAGGGCUCGUCAUACUACGAUUCCGAAAUCCUCCAGCCAGAUCCGUUGGUUCUGACUCAUCCAGCUAACUUGAAGUUUGUAGACCAGCAUACAUCCCCAGAAGAAGACUUUUCAAGUGCAGAUCGAUCACACCGGUCAGUAGGUAAAGUAGAAAAGCCGGUUACUAGUGCGCUGCCACCAUUGUCUACGAUAGGCUAUUCUGUUGAUGUUGCAGAUGGGAAUGAAGUGCCACCUCCUGAGAAGAAAGAAUGCGAGUACAGGAAUGGAAAGUGGGUUUCUGACAAUCGUAGACCACUAUACUCAGGGUUUGGUUGUAAGCAGUGGCUUUCAGAGAGUUGGUCCUGCAGACUAACCCAGCGAAAAGAUUUCGCGUAUGAAAAAUUCAGAUGGCAGCCUGAAGCUUGUGAGAUGCCAGAGUUUGAGGCCUCCCAGUUCUUGAGAAGAAUGCAGGAUAAAACCAUCGCUUACGUGGGCGAUUCUCUAGGGAGGCAGAUGUUUCAGUCGAUGAUGUGUAUGGUCACUGGUGGAAAGGAGAGGCUGGAUGUAGAAGAUGUUGGCGCAGAGUAUGGCUUUGUGUUAGCGCCGGGUGCAAAAAGGCCAGACGGCUGGGCCUACCGGUUCCCGAGCACCAACACAACAAUUCUAUACCACUGGUCAUCAACGCUCUGUGAUUUGGAGCCCCUGAACCCAUCAGACCGAGCGACCAGUUACGCCAUGCACCUGGACCGCCCGCCUGCUUUUCUGAAGAGCAACCUCCACAGGCUCCACGUUCUGGUCCUCAACACCGGCCACCACUGGAACCGAGGGAAGCUGAGGGCGAACAGGUGGGAGAUGUAUCUCGGCGGAGCGCCGAACAGCGACAGGAACACCGCCGUCAUCUGGAAGGCCAAGAACUUCACCGUCCACAGCGUCGUCAGAUGGGUGGACACGCAGCUUCCCCGCCACCCCAAGCUGAAGGCGUUCUACAGGUCGAUAUCGCCCCGGCACUUCUUCAACGGUGACUGGGACACCGGAGGCAGCUGCGACAACACCAGCCCUCUGGCCAAGGGAGGGAGCGGCGUCCACCUCGACCGUUCGGAGGACGCCGACGCCGAGGGCGCCGUGAGGGGCACCGGGGUCAGGCUCCUGGACGUCACUGCCCUAUCGCGGCUGAGGGACGAAGGGCAUAUUUCACGGUACAGCAUCAAGGCCACUUCUGGCGUUCAGGAUUGCCUGCACUGGUGCCUUCCCGGCGUGCCUGACACCUGGAACGAGAUCCUUGCGGCCCAGCUAUAGCCUGUAGCUGAAUUUGAAGAUGCCAAGGGUUAUGUCGAAUUGUUUAUGGGUGAAGCUCGUAUAUACAGUAACUACCACGGAGUACUACGUCGUUGCCGGAGACCCAAUGCUGCUGGUAGUGAAACACUGAGCUGCAGUACAUUCUUUCGGGACCGUGCUUAACUGUAGAAAAUACAGGGCCUUUUUUUUGUGUAAGUACAUGUUGUGUUUGCCUACUGUUACCUGUGUACGCCAGUUGUUAAUUGGAGAACUGGAUUGAUAGAUAGUUUGGAAGUGUUGCCUGAGAGGUAGGGCAACGCAUCUUGCAGCAUCCAGUCCUUUGAGAACUCAUCUGUUAUGUACCAAACACGAACAGAGAGCAUCAUGCAUUGCUGAUCCAUGUGAUGUGGUUGUUGGUACGUUGAUUGUUGCUAGGUUCGUCCUCUCACCCCUUGUAUCACCAUUGUUUAUGGUACAUGUGGAAUCAUCUGGUAAGUUC